AUGGAUCAGGCCAACACAACAAACUACAAGGAGGCUUUCGCUCUCUUCGACAAGCGCGGUAACGGCCGUGUCCAAAUCGACUCCCUGGGCGACCUCCUUCGCGCAUGCGUCGACUUCGACUCAUUCUCAAAAGUCCUCAACCGCGCCGGUGGUUUCCGCGACCCCGGUGAGCCCGAGGAGUACUGCCGUGGUUUCCAAGUCUUCGACAAGGACAUGACUGGCUUUAUCGGUGUUGGUCAGCUCAGAUACAUCCUGACCAACUUGGGCGAGAAGAUGAGCGACGAUGAGGUCGACGAGCUGCUCAAGGCCGUUGACACCAGCAGCGGCGAGAUCAACUACGUUGACCUGGUCAAGACCGUCCUCGCAAACUAA